AGUUUGUCAAUGUGGGCUAAACAAGAAAUUACAUGUCCUUGAUACACAGGGGCUUCCACAAAUGGCGUCAUACAGCGGGUCGGAAGCCCGCGGUCCACAUGGUGUCUUGCUUAUUGCCAGGAAGGAUGUGAGGUAAUACCUGACCCAGCGACCCAAUUCUCUCAUAUCAUUCUCUCAGAAAUACACUAUGCAUUAAAUUCAAUAUAAAACCUUCGAUCGAAUUCGUGAAUAUUCAUGCAUUGCCAUCGGUGAUUUGCAUUCUAGGCACAUUUUCCAAGUUACAAAAAUCGUGGCUUUAAAUGCUGGGUUUCUGUGUCUUGGGGGUAUAUUUCCGCAAGGAUUACUGUCCUUGGAAGGCCAAGCUUUUGUGAUAUUACCGCGCCCCUUUCCCCAACCUGUAUAUAAAGGUGACCUGUGAGAGUGUGGAUCAGUGUACUCACAGCACAAGCUUUGUUCAGAGCAAGUUCUAAAGCUUUGCAUUCGUUAAGUUCUCCAGCUAACGUGGUUCUUCACUCGUCAAGCACCUCCAGUUAACGUGGUUCUUCACUCAAGUACCUUCAGUCGUUGUACAUUACCAUAAUUAAGCAAAAUGGAGAGCGAAAAGUGUGUUCUGAAGAACUGCUGCUGCGGCUGCUCGCUUCGUACAGGCACCAUCAUCAUUGCUGUACUCAGUCUGCUGUUUGGACUAGCUACUGCUGGCUACAGCAUUUACCUGGUGGUGGCAGGUGUGACGGAGGGAUGGCUGGACCUGGUCAUUAACAUCUUCAACAUCAUCGUGGCUAUUGUGCUCAUCCACGGCAUCCGCACGGAGCGCGCGGGUCUGGUGAUGGCUUGGGUGUGGGCCACGGCCUUCAGCAUAGCCCUCAGCGUCGUCCUGGGCAUCGUCUUCGUCUUCAUCACGGCCUCCCUCGUCGCCGCCUUCAUCUUGUUCGUGGUGUCUGCCAUCCAGAUCUACUUCCUGCUGGUGGUGCGCUCCUACGCCCUCAGCCUCAAACACAACACUCUCGUCAUCAAUAUGGACACGACCCCUCGCCAAAGCGUCGUUUAGAACCGAAGAGGAAUUCAAAAUGUGUAUUGCGGUGGGGGAGGAGAGAAGCGGCCACUGCAGUGGUUGUAUUUUACACUAACGGCUUUAAAACUAAUAUAGUUUAAGUAAGGUUCAAACAACCAAAUUAAUAAAAUAAUUAAAUUGUAUCGUUCAUGUGUUUAAUGCCCCGCAUUAC